CUCCUCUCCUCUAAAGGAUUCUAGGGCUCGCUUACUGCGCUACACGGCUUUUAGGCGGCUGCCUCUUCUUUCUUCUUCACCCCGAAGGUCCUUAGAGUUUCGAUUUUUUUCUCGGCCAUGGACCCUUAUGCAACGGAAACAGUCGUGGAUGAGGAGAACCACGAAGUGAAACCAUCCGAAGAUGCUGAGGACGAUGACGACAAAUCUCAGCCUCAAUCUGGUGGUGGCAUCGAUAGUGCAGGAAAGAUAUUUGUUGGAGGUUUAGCCAGGGAGACAACUUCAGCUGAGUUCGUCAAGCAUUUUGAGAAGUACGGAGAGAUUACAGAUUCUGUGAUUAUGAAGGAUAGGAAAACUGGACAGCCCCGAGGGUUUGGGUUUGUUACUUAUGCUGAUUCCUCUGUGGUCGACAAACUUAUCCAGGACAAUCACAUUAUAAACGGGAAGCAGGUUGAGAUUAAGCGGACGAUACCGAGAGGAUCCAUGAGCUCCUCCAACGAGAUCAAAACCAAGAAGAUAUUUGUUGGUGGAAUCCCUUCAACUGUUGAUGAUGAUGAGUUCAAGGAGUUCUUUAUGCAAUUUGGAGAGCUCAAGGAACACCAGAUUAUGCGUGAUCACGCAACUGGAAGAUCGCGUGGGUUUGGGUUUGUUACAUAUGAAAGUGAAGACAUGGUUGAUCUUCUCUUGGCAAAAGGAAACAGAAUCGAGCUCUCUGGGACCCAGGUUGAGAUAAAGAAGGCAGAGCCGAAGAAACCAAACUCGGUAACAACCCCUUCAAGGCGGUUUGGUGACUCACGCUCUAACUUUGGCGGAGGCUAUGGAGACGGUUAUGGUGGAGGACCUGGCGGUGGAUAUGGUGGUCCAGAUGGUCCUUACAAAUCUGGUGGCGGCUAUGGAGGUGGCCGGUCUGGUGACUAUGGAGGGUACGGAGGAGAGUUUGGCGGGUAUGGUGGCGGUGGAUAUGGUGGUGGUGUUGGACCUUAUAGAGGAGGAGAGCCUCCACUUGGGUACUCUGGUCGUUAUGGAGGAGGAGGCGGUGGUGGUUACAACAGAGGUGGUUACGGCAUGGGAGGUGGAGGAGGAGGAGGGUACGGUGGUGGACCUGGAGAUAUGUAUGGUGGGCCGUACGGUGAGCCAGCAGGUGGUUAUGGUGGACCAAGUGGGAGUUAUGGAAGUGGAUACGGUAGUGGUGGGUAUGGUGGAGGAGGCUAUAGAGGCAGCAGUGGUGGGUAUGACAUGGGUGGUACUGGAGUUGGAGGCGGAGGAGGUUACCCUGGUGGUGGCGGAGGAAGUGGAGGAGGCUCGUUCUAUGGUGGUGCAGGAGGAGGAGGAAGUAGAGGAGGAUAUGGAGGAGGUUCGGGACGGUACCAUCCUUAUGGAAGGUAGAAAGUUCCAUAAAGCUUUCAAUCUUCUUCUUGUCUUGUUUGUUUCUGUCAUGUAUGGUUAUCAAGAAUGAUAGCUAGAGAGUAAUACUGUAUGGUGAGAGAGGAGGCUUAUAGGGUUUGAUUCCCAGAGAUUAGUUUAAUUACAUUUAUAGAUAAUCGCCAGAAUAUUUUUUUUUUUU